AUGAGUAUAGCUGCAUAUGCGUAUGAAGCUGACAGAGCUAAACGUUUAUAUUUUGGUCAAUACUCUCUCACACUUACUGACAAAUAUAUUGUUAUCAGUGAUGGAAAUACCGAGAAAUACAUAACAUGGAAGGACUAUGAAAAGUUUGACCCUAUUUUAACUCCAUGUACUAUGCCAUUCAUUGUAAAUGGUGAAGUUGUCAUGAAGAACGACACAACAGUAUAUAAGUCUGUAUAUGAAGCGUUAGAAUAUAUGUUGAAUUAUAAUCCCGAAAGAUUUGACCCAAGCACUACACCAUGUGCAAUGCCUUUUAUUAAGGACGGUGAAAUCGUAAGAGUUCCGGAUUCAACGGUUUACACAGCUGUUCAAAACAGUUUACAAAACAUUUUAGCGAAUAUCUUUAAUUCAGAAACUACAGAAAUAAAAUUACCAUAUAUAACAGAUGCUAAAGAAAUUAAAUCAAAAACGAC